CUGUCAACGGAAUUUUUAAACUCGAUCCAUUCUCAGGUCAAUCGUCACGAAUUCGUUGCAAAAUUACUGCGUCAACCGACAUUCUGCGCUCACUGUAGAAAAUUCAUCUUCGGCAUUGGCAAGCAGGGAUACCGAUGUCGCGACUGCUCAACGGUUGUACAUAAACACUGCCACCAAGAUGUAGUAUGGAAGUGUCCACGAAAUGAAGCUGAUGAUGCCGCUGAAACGGAAAACCGUGGCACCACUGAGAACCAGUUCAACAUGCCGCAUCGCCUAGCACCUCAUUUCUACAAGCGUCCGACAUUCUGUGAUCACUGUGGUUCACUGCUGUACGGUCUGAAGCACCAAGGACUACAGUGUUCCGGCUGCAAACUGAACUUCCAUCAUCGAUGUCAACAGAAUGUCGCCAACAACUGCUGUGCUGGGGCUGCA